AUGGCUCGUCGACCGAAACGGUCGGCGCUCGUGCUAGCGGUCGCGUUAGUGGCGUUCUGCCAAGUGGUGCACUAUCGGUGUUCGGCUAGUGGUGUCGUGCCCUCAGCGUUAGCGGCGAGCAGCAGCGGUGAAGCCGAUGCCGCCGAUCUGGAUGCGGCGGAAAGCAACCAUCGGGCGUUGCUCAAUCUGCCCAAGUUCGGUGAUCGGCUCGCGCCAAGAAACCGCCCGAAUGUGGAGGACCUCGGUCCGGGUGCGUCGGUGUCCGGUGUUGGUAGUGGAAGACAGGCCCGCGGGCCCACAGUGUACGGGCGGGCGGCGGUCGGCCCGGUGCCGCCCGCUCACCCGCUCGCCCCGAGCGACAAUGACAUCAAGCGCAGUGAUGUGAUGAUGGUGAGUGGCCGAAGUGUGAAGGGUGCGGGUGUGCGCGCCGGCUCCCAGGACCUCACCGACGAGGACGAAGUGGAGGGCGAAGAGGAGGGCGAGGAAGAGGUCGAGGCAGAGGAAGAGCAGGAAGCGAAAGGUGACGAAUCCGGUGGUGACUAUUUCGCGGUAGAGGCAACGCACAACCAACAGGACAUCGCGCGGUCCUCCGACACCGAACAGCUCGCGCAGAAUCGAUUAGAUACGGCGGGGACGUCGCGCGACGUUAGUGCCAGUGCGGUGGCAGUGCGCCAAGCGGAGGGUGUGGGUAGAAGUGCGGCCGGUCUCAACAUUGCCGGCAUUAGCAAUGCGUCGUCCGCGCAGGCGCAUCGGCUCGAGAUGUCGACCGAGUUCUUCGUAGUGCCAUCGACAGCGUCGUCUGCGGCGUCGCGUUCUACAACCGUCCGGCCGGGGGGGGUCAUACUGGCGGCGCGUCAUCCUUCGGCCGCCUCGAGCAGCAGCAGUGGCGGCAGUACCACGCGCCAGAACGUGACCCCACCGACGGUGGUGUCGACGACCGGGUACGCCGGUGGUCUGCGGAAAGAACCCUGGGUAGUGCCGGUGCUGGUGCUUGCCUCGCUGUCGAUGCUGAUGAUGGCCGCGUUUGAGGUGUUCGUACUGUGCAAGGCCUGGAGGACGUCGCCUAGCCGGAGGCACCUCUUUCUCGGCCAGAUGCUGCUGCUUGGCCUGUUUGCCUGCUCCGGGCUGGCCGCCGUACUUACCGUCAAUCCGACCAUACUGUCGUGCGCUACGAUGCGCUUCGGGGCCGGUGUUGCGUUCGCGCUCGUCUUUGCCUCCCUGCUGGUCAAGUGUGUCUUUCUGAUCAGCCUAAACGGUGGCGUAUACCUGCCCGCACCGUACCAGGGUCUGCUGCUUCUGUUUGCCGUACUCAUACAGGUGGCGGUCGGCGGCCAGUGGUUACUGACCUCGCCCCCCAGUGUCGACAAUGUGCCGGUAGGGGGAGGUGGUAGCGGUGGUACUGCGGUGUCGAGCCGUUAUCAUCUACUGCUCACCGCCGGUGACCUGGCGGCGACGGCCAGUCCCACCAUACCGCUCUGUCAUACCCCGUUCGCUGAGCUACUGCUCUCCCUGAUCUACAUCGUGUUUCUGAUCGUGUUCGUCGCCAUCCUGGCAAUCAAAUCGCGCGGCAUUCGGGACAACUACCGCGAGGCCACGUACAUUGGGCUGGCGAUCGGUGGCAUCAUCCCGAUCUGGCUCGGGUGGACACUGUGCGGGUUGGCCGUGGCCGACCGGCACCGGGACGCCUGUCUUGCGUUCGGGCUCGUCGCCACCUCCUCGACCGUGUUCUUGGUGAUGUUUAUGCCGAAAGGGCGCCAGCUGGCCGCGAUGGGUAAGGAGGGCCUGUACGUGGAGGACCGAGAGGAGCGAUUCAGCUCGCUCAGCCGGGCGGGAUCGGGAUACUCGCCCUCGUUCUUCCAUUUCAAACCGAUCAAGUAUGGGGUGAUGGGACCGUCACCGACACUGCAGACGGCGAGCGCUAACCUGGUUGGUACUGCGGCCGCCACCGCUACUACCAAGCAUCAUCAAGCUGUUGCAACAUUAGGCGGAGAUCGCGUUGCACUGGUUACGGCACCACCGAGCUAUACGCCACGCAUGUAUCAUUACUUUCCAGCACAUAUGACACACCCCUUCUGUUACUACCCCUCACUGGCACCGCAACAGGCCCGAUACCCAGGUCUUUUUAUGCGACCGGAUGAGACGAAUCUCUACACCACGCUCGAACAAACGAUGAGCAGCAAUCCGAACGUGUACUUCCAACGUGGUGGCGGUGUUCAUCCGGGCAUGAUGUACUAA